AUGCAGGACGUAACAGAACAUGCGGAAUGCUUUGGACCUGCCAUGGUGCUGCUCGACCUCAGCUCUGCUACGACUAAGGAUUAUACUGGAGAGGUCAUGCCGUUCACUUGCGUGUACGUGGAGGACGCCUCAGCUGUUCACUUUGGGGAUUCCACCUCCGAGACAGCCGCGGCUUUCCAGAACUACCAGUACAUUUGUAUCGGUGUCAUGACGUCGACCUCAGGCAGCACGGUCUCGGAGAUAAGCACGAGCAGCACUGUGACCACCACAACGAACACGGCGGCACCAUCUCAACUAAGCGGGUCGAUUGAGCUCAUCGUCGUGGGUACAGACGAGAUCCGUAACAGCACGGAGGCAGAGGCGGUGCUAGAUUCUUGCGGCCGCACUCUCGCUCAACUCGUCGGCGUGCCAGCGAGCUACGUCAGCGUGGCGUUCGCGGAGUCCCGGAGGCUCAGGGCUGCACCGCGCCAGCUCUCCCAGAGCGUCGUCGAGCUGGCAUACAUUAUCCGCGUUCCCGCGGGUAGUGACGCUGCUGUGGUGAAGUCGACUCUCGAAAGCAUCAGCGUGGACGACUUCGAGGCCAUUCUGCAGGAUUCCAUCGACUCGACCGUCGGGGAGGGCGAGCUCUCCGUCUCCGUGCUCCUGAUCACGGGUCCCGGCAGCCUCGUGGACACGGCGGCCGACGCCCCCGCGGCGGGGCCGCACGAGGCCCAGGGCUCGUCCGUGAUGGUAGUCAUCUUCCUGACGGUGGGCUGCUGCGUCGGGUGUGCGCUCCCGGCCCUGGCGCUGGUCUGCUGGCGCUUCCGCCUGCGCGAGGGGCGCGCGCAGGCCGCGCGAUGGGCGCUUCCGCCUUAUGGGUGGUUUUUUCCGCUUCCGCCUGGCGCUUCCUGGCGCUUCCGCCUGCGCGCGGCGCCGCGCGAGGGGCGCGCGCGGGCCGCCCAGGGCCGCGCCUACACCGAAGACGUGCCUGGCGCCGCGCUCGCGGCGCCGCGCUCGCCCAGAGACGCGGCCAGCCCACCCGCCGCGCCGUCCCCGAGCGAUCCCGUCCCGAAGAUGCUCGUGCCGCCCGCGCGGGUCGAGAUGCCAGCCGCUCCUCGCAUUUGUAGUCUGUAG